UGGCCAGCUCUGCCUCUCAUAGCAAGCGUUAGAGUCGGGCAGCAGCCCUGCCAUCGCCAGCUGUCCGUCCAUACACCCACCUGUCCUCUGGGUGCCUCUGUUCGUUGAGCCAUGGGCCAGGGACGCAGGGCCACGGUCAGCAUGGUCCUUCUGGGAUUGGGGCUGGCCCUAGCCAUCAUCGUGCCCGCCGUGGUCCUCUCUCGCCACCAUGCCCACUGCGGCUCCCAGGCCUUUGCCCACGCUGCAGUCGCUGCUGACUCCAAGGUCUGCUCGGAGAUUGGACGAACCAUCCUCCAGCAACAUGGCUCACCUGUGGAUGCCGCCAUUGCGGCUCUGGUCUGCACCGGAGUCGUCAACCCUCAGAGCAUGGGGUUGGGUGGAGGGGUCAUCUUCACCAUCUAUAACGCCACCACAGGGAAGGUGGAAGUCAUCAAUGCCAGGGAGACGGUGCCUGCCAGCUAUGUCCCCCAUCUGCUGGACCAGUGUGAGCAGGCCCAGCCACUGGGCACAGGGGCCCAGUGGAUUGGAGUGCCCGGGGAACUCCGUGGCUAUGCUGAGGCCCACCGUCGCCACGGCCACCUGCCGUGGGCACAGCUGUUCUGGCCCACCAUCUCCCUGCUCCGAGGGGACUACCGCAUGCCCUUUACCCUCAGUCAGUUCCUGCAGAGUGACUUCCUACGGCCUUCCCUGUACAUGACUUCUCUGAGGCAGCUCUUUUUCAAUGGGACAGAACCUCUGAAGGCUCAGGACCCAUUCCCAUGGCCCGCGUUGGCUGCCACCCUGGAAACCGUGGCCACAGAAGGUGCAGAGGUCUUCUACACAGGGACGCUGGGCCGGACGCUGCUGGAGGACAUUGCCAAUCAAGGUAGCCAGCUGACCCUGCAGGACCUGGCAGAGUUCCAGCCGGAGGUAGUGGAUGCCCUGGCAGUGCCCCUGGAGGACUACACCCUAUACUCACCGCCACCACCCGCAGGGGGUGCGAUUCUCAGCUUCAUCCUCAACGUGCUCAAAGGGUUCAACUUCUCCUCUGAGUCAGUGGCCAGGCCCGAGGGGAGCGUGAACUUGUACCAUCACCUUGUGGAGACGCUCAAGUUUGCCGGGGGACAGAGGUGGCGACUGUGGGACCCUCGGAGCCACCCGGAUAUCCAGAACGCCUCCCAGGACCUGCUGGGAGAGGCUUUGGCCCAGCACAUCCAGCAGCAGAUCGACGCUCGGGGUGACCAUCAUCUCAGCCACUACAGCCUGGCCGGGGCCUGGGGCCACGGGAUGGGCACAGCGCACGUUUCUGUGCUGGGGGAGGAUGGCAGUGCUGUGGCAGCCACGAGCACCAUCAACACGCCCUUUGGAGCAAUGCUGUACUCGCCACGCACGGGCAUCCUCCUCAACAAUGAGCUUCUGGACCUAUGCUGGAGGCGCUCACCGGACUCCAGAGUCACCCCACUACCUGUUCCAGGCGAGCGACCUCCAUCAUCCAUGGUCCCCUCCAUCUUGAUCAAUGCAGCUCAGGGGUCAAAGCUGGUGAUCGGUGGGGCUGGUGGGGAGCUCAUCAUCCCUGCUGUGGCUCAGGCCAUCAUAAACAAGCUAUGGCUUGGCUUUGACCUGAGGACUGCCAUUGAAGCCCCUAUCCUGCAUGUCAACAGCAAGGGCCAUGUGGAAUAUGAGCCCAACUUCAGCCGGGAGGUGCAGAAGGGGCUCCAGGACAGGGGCCACAACCAGACCAUGAGGCCCUUUUUCCUGAACGUGGUCCAGGCUGUGUCCCAGGAGGGGGCCUGUGUGUAUGCCGCAACGGACCCAAGGAAAGGUGGGGAGGCCUCGGGCUACUGAGGAGACUGCUUCUGGCAGCUGCAAUCCGGCCCACCGUCAGUGUGUGCUCAGGCUGGCCUUGGCUGUGGGACCCAGCACCCAAGCAAGAUCUGGACCCUUCGGCGGAGGGUCAGCCUGGGCUGCAAGAGGUGGGGACAGGCUGGAAGAUGGGCAACUGUGGGGACUGAGCCCUCUCCCAGAGUCCCAUGUGGCCCUGCCCUGGCCCCCCCAAGCUUCCCCUAGACCUCUUACUCAGGACCGUGGCCCACUCUCCCUCCCCACCUGCCCCACUCCCCAUCUGUAUACCCUCUAGUCCAAGAUUAAAGAGGAGGGUGGA